AUGGCGCCCUCCUUUGCAUUGCUGCUGUGCCCACUUAUGACGGUUCUGGCCAUGCGCUCAUCGGACGUGCAACACGACCGUUUGGUCGAGGAAGAAAUGGACGAAGCUGUCGGAUGGCCCUUCAGUUCUGCACGGGAAGUGGUCAUCACACGGCAGCAUGACUCCACCUCUGGGCAAAAGUCGAAGAUGGACUACCUGCAACUCUACAAAUCCAUGUGGAAGAAGUUCCCAGAGGAUGUGAAGCUGUCCGGCAAUUCCUGGAAAUUGGUCCAGCUCUUAAUGGAACGCCCCACUUUGACGUUUGACUGUUUGCCGGAAUUUGUGAACUUUGACAUCUACCUGCUCAUGUCAGAGCAAGCCCCUGAGCUGGCCAAAGAAACUCAAGGCAAGUUCUUGACCGAGAACAACUUGAUUGGAGUCCUGAACGAGGUCAGCGACAAGUAUGAUGCACUCGCUGAGUUCUACGACUACAAUGUGAAGCACCCCAAACUCCACAAGAAAGGCCUCUCUGUUCUGAAAGUCAUCAAGAUGGGCAAAAAGUUGCGAAAGAAGAUCCAGGAGAAAAAACGCAAUCUGGUCCUUACGAUGGGUGGAUCCUGGAAAUGGACGGAGGCCAAGAGGUUCUAUCGGGGCGUUCAGCUUGAGGUGGCGGUGUCAGCGAAGCCGCCGCUGCAGUACGGCAAGAACCCCGUCAAGCUGAAGUGCGUGUCAAAUGGCCAGAAACGCCUCCUGGGCUACGAGGAAAGUGGCGCGGACGGAGCCCCUCGAUUCUACCCCUUUACGGCUCAAGAACUGGCGCUCAUCAUCCUGGACGCUGCGGCGUGA